GUGGCUUGGAAAGGGCUCAGGUUGUUUCCAGGGGGAGAACUCUGCAGAGAAGAGACGGAGUUCAACAGGACAACAAAGGGCCAGCAGAAACAGCCAGGAAAACGAAGAGCCCUCAGGUUUUUCACCCAGAGCCCCCUAAUCAGAGUUCUCGAAUUCUAAAGUAUUCCUCAAAGUGCCACUUGACGGGAACUUUUCGCCUGCCUUUUCCUUUCUCCAACCACCAUGACUGAGAUCACUGCUGAAGGAAAUGCAUCUACUACCACAACUGUGAUCGACAGCAAAAAUGGAUCUGUGCCCAAAUCCCCUGGAAAAGUGCUGAAGAGGACAGUCACAGAAGACAUAGUGACAACAUUCAGCUCCCCAGCAGCCUGGCUUCUGGUCAUUGCUCUGAUCAUCACAUGGUCAGCUGUUGCCGUUGUUAUGUUUGACCUAGUGGAUUACAAAAACUUUUCAGCGAGCUCUCUUUCCAAGAUUGGCUCAGAUCCUCUAAAACUUGUACAUGAUGCUGUGGAAGAAACCACGGACUGGGUCUAUGGCUUCUUUUCUUUGCUGUCUGACAUCAUCUCGUCUGACGGUGAUGAAGAUGAUGAUGAUGGGGAUGAGGACACUGAUAAAGGAGAAAUAGAGGAGCCUCCCUUGAAACAAAAAGAAAUACACAAAGAAAAGGCUGAAAAGGAGGAGAAACCUGAAAGGAAAAUACUAGCCAAAGUUGCACACAGAGAAAAAGAAAAAGUAAAAGAAAAAGAAAAAUCUGAAAAGAAAGCAACUCACAAGGAAAAAAUUGAGAAAAAAGAAAAACCAGAAACAAAGACAAUGGCAAAAGAAGAGAGGAAAGCCAAGACUGAAGAGAAGAUCAAAAAGGAAGUGAAAGGUGGAAAACAAGAGAAAGUGAAGCCAACAGCUGCAAAAGUCAAAGAAGUACAGAAAACACCACCUAAGGCCAAAGAGAAGGAGGGGAAAGAGACUGCGGCUGUGGCCAAGCAUGAACAGAAAGAUCAGUAUGCAUUCUGUCGAUAUAUGAUUGACAUGUUUGUCCAUGGGGAUUUAAGACCAGGACAAAGCCCAGCCUUACCACCUCCAUUACCAACAGUACAAGCUUCCAGACCCACUCCGGCAUCACCUACUCUUGAAGGAAAAGAAGAGGAGGAAAAGAAGAAAGCUGAGAAGAAAGUAACUUCUGAAACAAAAAAGAAAGAAAAAGAAGAUGUCAAAAAGAAGUCGGACAAGGACACUGCCAUUGAUGUGGAAAAAAAAGAGCCAGGGAAAGCUCCUGAAACCAAACAAGGGACUAUAAAAGUUGUGGCACAAGCAGCGGCUAAAAAAGAUGAAAAGAAGGAAGAUUCCAAGAAAACAAAAACACCUGUAGAAGAACAUCCCAAGGGAAAAAAACAGGAAAAGAAAGAAAAAUACGUGGAACCAGCAAAGUCGUCAAAGAAGGAACAUUCAGCUCCAAGUGAAAAACAAGUAAAAGCAAAAACUGAACGAGCCAAAGAAGAGACUAGUGCUGCCUCAACUAAAAAAGCUGUACCUGGAAAGAAGGAAGAGAAAACAACCAAGACAGUGGAGCAAGAAAUUAGAAAAGAAAAGUCCGGGAAGACUUCUACAGCUUCGAAGGACAAAGAGCCUGAAAUUAAAAAAGAUGAAAAGAUGCCCAAAGCAGACAAAGAAGUCAAGCCUAAGCCUCCACAGUCACAAGUAAAGAAAGAAGAGAAAUCAGAGUCACAAGUUAAAAAAGAAGCAAAACCAGAACAAGACAUAGCAAAACCAGAAAAGACUGUUUCUCAUGGGAAACCAGAAGAAAAAGUUGUCAAGCAGAUAAAAGCUACAGAAAAAGCAGCUAUAGAAAAAACAGUCAAGCCCAAACCAGCAAAAAAAGCUGAACAUCAAGAAAAAGAAUCUCCAACUAUAAAAACAGACAAACCCAAACCAACCUCAAAGGAAACACCAGAAGUCACAGAAUCAGGGAAGAAGAAAAUUGAAAAAUCUGAAAAAGAAAGUAAAGAAAAAGCAGAAAUGAAACAUCUUAAAGAAGAAAAAGUCUCAACAAGAAAAGAAAGUCUUCAAUCACACAACGUGACAAAAGCAGAAAAACCUGCAAGAGUAUCAAGAGAAGAUUUGGAAGAUGUAUCAGCUUCAAAGAAAGCUAAAGAAGAAGCUGAAGAUGUGUCUUCCACAAAGAGGCAAAAAAGCCCCAUCAGUUUCUUCCAGUGUGUCUACUUGGAUGGAUACAAUGGCUACGGAUUUCAGUUUCCUGUCACUCCCGCAUACCGUCCUGGAGAGAGCUCUGGCCAACCAAGUUCUCCAGGACAGAAGCAACAAGGACAAUAGACCCCCUACGCACAGCCCUUCCAAGUGCUUUAAGACUUUGAAAAUAGGACCUUCUGUUUGUCUGCAGUGACAUAGGCAACUGAAAUCAUGAAUCCGGGGAGUAUCUCUGAAACUGUUUUACUCUUCUUGAAUGAUAAGCAAACACGUUGAAAGAUCUGGCACUCAAAAAUCUGUUAUUUGUGUUUGUUGCUAGUGUGGAUGCUUAUAUUUUUUUUU